AUGGGGGACCAAUGCCAGGAAGGAAAGGUUUAUUGCUGUUCUCCCGAGAAGAACUUUGAGGACAAGGGACUCCUUACCCUUCUCUCUGGAUUCAAUCUUCUUGGAUUCGAUGCCAAGUGCGCCCCCGUUACAGUGCUCGGAAACUUCCAAGUCGCUCUUCUUGGCACUAACGAAAACGAAAACGGAAACGUUGACUGCAAGCACACUCUUGCUUGCUGCACUGGCGCCGACUACCGCCCUCUUGGCAUGUAA